UUCCAGGGGACUUGGGUAACCAGUUGGAAGCAAAGUUAGAUAAGCCAUCAGUAGUGCACUAUCUCUGCUCUAAGAAGACAGACAGCUAUUUCACGCUCUGGCUGAAUUUAGAAUUGCUUCUGCCUGUCAUAAUUGACUGCUGGAUUGAUAACAUCAGGCUGGUGUAUAAUCGCACAAGGAAGAUUACAGAACCACCGGAUGGAGUGGAUAUCAGAGUCCCGGGUUUUGGGCAGACGUUUUCCUUGGAAUUCCUUGACCCAAGUAAAAGGAGCGUUGGCAGUUACUUUUACAUGCUGGUGCAGAGUUUAGUAGACUGGGGCUACAAACGCGAUGAAGAUGUAAGAGGAGCACCUUAUGACUGGCGAAAGGCACCAAAUGAGAAUGGAGAGUAUUUUGUAGCCCUUCGCAAGAUGAUCGAGUCGAUGUACGAGCAGUAUGGAAGUCCUGUUGUCCUGAUUGCCCACAGCAUGGGUAAUAUGUACACCCUCUACUUCCUCAACAAUCAGCCUCAGGAUUGGAAAGACAAGUACAUCAAGGAUUAUGUGUCACUGGGUGCUCCGUGGGGAGGAGUGGCUAAAACUCUGCGUGUGCUGGCUUCAGGUGACAACAACAGGAUACCUGUUAUCAGCUCUCUCAAGAUCAGAGACCAGCAGAGAUCAGCGGUUUCCACAAACUGGAUGCUCCCCUACAACUACACCUGGCCUCAAGAUAAGGUCUUUGUGAGCACACCCACAGCUAACUACACUCUUCGGGACUACCAAAAAUUCUACAGGGACAUCGAUUUUGAAGAUGGUUGGCUCAUGAGGCAAGACACUGAACCCCUGGUCUACCAGAUGACACCACCUGGUGUGCGGAUACACUGUCUUUAUGGUACUGGUGUGGAAACGCCCGAUUCCUUCCACUACGAAAGCUUUCCUGACAAAGAACCCAAGAUUAUUUACAGCGACGGGGACGGAACAGUAAACCUGCAGAGUGCCUUGCAAUGUCAGAAGUGGGUGGACAGGCAAAAACAGGAAGUGGUGAUAUUUGAGCUUUCAGGAAAUGAGCAUAUUCAAAUGCUAUCCAAUGAUACUACUAUCUCCUAUGUGAAAAAGCUGCUCUUUGAUUUGUGAUACCUUGUGUUGACGGUUAUUUUCCUCACCUGUGAUGCCUUCCCUUAAAUAUGGGAAAAUGCCUUUUAAUCCCUUGAUAUUUAGAUAUUUGAAUUAUU